UGAUAUUUUGAAUUUUAUUGGAGUGGAAGGAAGGCAUUAGAAAACAGAAAGAGUAAAGACAGGUCCUUUUUUUUUUUUGUGUGCAGACUGGGGAAAAAUUGAUGGCCACUCUCUCACCCCUUCUCUUAUCCUUUCUUUUCUCACCCAUCUUUAAAUUUUUUAUUUUUUUUAUUAUUAUUCUCCAAAAGGGUUAACUUAAAAACCUCCCAAAAAAUUACUUUUUUUUUUUUUUUUAUUAAAAAGAAAUUGUUGUUUUGUUUUGUUUUGUUUAUAUACAUAUCUGAAGAAGAUACACACAACCCAUGUUUUGUUUUGUUUUAAUCUAAUCUCCACCCAAAGAAAGUUUUCGUUUUUAAUUUUUUUUAGAAAAAAAGUUUUGAAUUGUUUUUUUUUUUUGGGGGGUUUCUUCCAAAAUGGAAUUCGACGAGGAGAACGACGAGGAAAUAAUGGAUGAGAUGCCAAUCGCCACUCACCACUACGACUCGCUCACUAACUCAGCUUCAACUCGGCCAAAACCUGGUGAAGGUGCUUCAACAGCGAGAAAAGCCAGUAGUAUUAGAUAUAGAGAGUGUUUGAAGAAUCACGCCAUCGGAAUCGGCGGACACGCGGUGGACGGUUGCGGCGAGUUUAUGCCGGCGGGAGAAGAAGGAAGUAUAGACGCACUGAAAUGCGCCGCCUGUAACUGCCACCGAAAUUUUCACCGGAAAGAAACGGAUUCAGAUCAAGGACAUUACUAUUACCAACAACAACAACAACAAAUUUGUCCAUAUCGUGGGCCCACGCCACACCCAUCUGCUUACGUGUACAUGAGGGGGGCCCCAGUUCAACAAAGGGCGUUGGCUUUGCCGGCAGCAGCCGGGGGGAGGGAAGAGGACGACACGUCGAAUCCGAGUAGUAGCGGCGGCGGCGGCGGAAGUGGAAGUGGGUUGUUGUUGAAGAAGAGAUUUAGGACGAAGUUUAGUUCAGAGCAAAAGGAGAAAAUGUUAGAGUUUGCGGAGAAAGUUGGAUGGACAAUUCAGAAACACGACGAAGCUGAUGUCGAACGAUUCUGUAUGGAAACCGGAGUCCGGCGGCAAGUACUUAAGGUGUGGAUGCAUAAUAAUAAGCAUACUUUAGGGAAGAAACCCUAAAUUUUAAUUAGGGUUUUAAUUUCUUUCUUCUUCUUUUUCUUUUUCAAAUUUUAAUUUUAUUUAAAUUCGGUGAGUUUAGUAAUGGAUUAUUAUUAUUUCUUCUUCUCGAUGAUUAUGAUCAUGUUGUUUAGUGCAUUACUAGAGAAAACAAAAUUCCCAAUUUAGGGAUCUAAAACUAGGGUAGAAUAUUUUAAGUAGGGAUUUUUUUUUUUUUUAUAUGGGGUAUGAAUUUGAUGAGGAUGAUGAUGAUGAUGAAGAUGAUGAAUUAAUGAUGUUAACAAUUAAAAACUGAAUUUACACUCAACAUUUAUUAAUGGGGUCAUGUUGAAAGUUUGAAAAUGGAA